CGCGCAGGGCGCCCGCUGGGAGCUGAGGUCUUCUGAAAAUCAGUCCCGUUAAACCAAAGUCUCGUCAAGCUGGCCAAGCAAAGCGUAAUACAUCUAAGUAAAGAGUGGCGUUGUGCAUUGUACUGAGUUAGCAACUCCAUUUGGUAUUAAGUGGUGUAGAAGCCUAUGAGGUGACAGUGUGCGCCGAUGUAACUCAAACGGUAAUUCCCCCCUCCCCACACAUAAAUGGAGUGGGGACAACAAGGACCAGGUAAGCAUGUUUUAUUAAAAAGAAACCAAGAAUGAAAGUAAUCUAUUAUCUCAUUAAGUUAAGUGAUAUACACAAUUCUCAGUUCUGCAUUGCUGAUGGUAGAGUUGGUCACUGCUCAAGUUCGGGAACGGGUAUUUGUGCAGAGGCUCCAGCACAUAGUAACUGCAAGUCUCUAGCAUAAAAGGCCUCAUCCUACUUCCACUGAAGUCAAUGGGGGGCUUUGUAAUUGACUUUAAUGGGAGCAGAUUUGAACCACAGAUGUAGGUGGUAGUGAACACUUCUCUCCCACGGACAUACACUACAGUUGCUUGUCAGUACAGAGUGCACCAGUCUCAGUUAUUUCAGUUUCAGGAUACAAUGUAAUGUGUAAUAAUACCACCCUAACCAGCUAAAAUGAAAAUAUAAAGAGCUUGCAUUUUAAGCUUCUUGAUGACUGCGGGUACAGCCACAUGAACAAUACUUAUUCUCAAACCAGCAAAACUACAAAUAAUAAAUCAGAAGACCCAAAUUUCUAAAUUAAUUUAUACUUUCUUUCAUUAGAGGAUGUCAAAUGUACAAAUAUUAGCCUCCACAAUGCAGUCCUUACGCAAGCAAAAUUCUAACUGAAACCAAUAGAAGUUUUGCUUAUAUAGAGGCUGUAAAAAAGGACUUUUAAGUUGUUAGUUAUCACAACACUGAUGUAAAGAAGGGAAUAAGCAUUAACCCCAUUUUUGAAAGGAAAACAUUGAGGUACAGAAGUUGUUUGGCCUGCCCAGGAUCAUAUGGUGUUAAAGAUUUCUCUACACAUGGAAAAUGAACAGUUGCUGACAGUAGUUAUCACCACUGCCUUCUCCCCUUAAAAUGGUGUUGAACACUGUGUAGCUGUUAGUCCAGAUAGACAACAAAAAGUGUUGCCAACUCACAAUUUUAAUCACAAGUCAUGACAUUUGAUGUUUUUCUUAAAGCCACAGCUCCAGGAAUCACAUAAUUACACAACAAUCUCAGCUUUCAUUUUUCUAAGUUUCUAGCCCUCAUAGCUGUAAGGAACAACUUGAAAACAUGAUCUCUGUAGGCUCAAAACCCAAAAGGCAACCCCCUCCCCAAUUUAUUAUUUUUAAAAUCUCAUAAUUUGUAAACCAACCUGUUUUGAUUGGGGUGGGGAGAGAGGAGGCAGGCUGACUGGCUAGUGAACACUUGGGUUUGGCAAUGCCAAAAACAUUGUCAACAUCAGUAUGGGAAGUGAUCUGGAGCUAUGGUGCAACAAGUGUCUUUCAUGCUUUUGUAACAGUGUUGUAAAGCUAUGUUGCUCCCAGGAUGUUAGAGAGACAAGGUAGAUGAGGUAAUAGCUUUUAUUGGACCAAUCUCUGUUCUUACAAGAGACAAGUUUUCAAGCUACACAGACCUCUUCUUGAGGUCAGGUAAACAGUUUGUUUUGGCUACUAGUAGUUAGUUUUCAAAGCUGGCUGAAGGGAAAGUGAGCUCAUUCCCAACAAAGUAAGUGACCUAUUGCUCAAAAUGGUUGCCAGGAACACAUGAGAUGUUUGCGUUAUUUUCCUUGUGCAGUUGGCCCCUUAUUUUGUUGAGACUGUCAUAUUGAGGCAGCUCAAAGCAAGCACAGUAUCUCUAAAAUAUACUUUACCCAAAGAAAGAGAAGUAGAAAGAGAAAUAAGAAUAGAAAGUAGGAUAAGCCCUUUUUGUUUUUUAAUAGAAAGAUUCUCCAUUUGCAUAUAACUAGUUUUUGAGGCAUGUUUAGCAUUUGUAAAGUGCUUGGGUAUUUUUGGGUGCAAAACAGUAUUGUGCGUGUAAGUAUAUUCAUAGGUGUAAUUCAGUAAGAUCAAUUCAAUGGCUCUUGGGCAAAGAAGACAGGCAUAAUAGCCUAGUGAGCCAAUUUACUGCAUGUAUCCAUAGCAAUAAAAUGAUCCAAGGCUGGUUUCAGAAGGGGCGAAUGGAAAAAAAAGUUUAGAGAAGGAGUGAAAGUGAUCAGACAAAAGGAGAGCGAAAGAGAAUGGCCUGGAACGCCCCGUUGCUAAAGCCCCGUGAGGGUUGCUAAACGUGUCGUCACAACGGCCUGGCCAGGGGGUGUAGCCUGCAGAGGAUACUAUGCAGGAACAGCUGCUCCGAUCACAGCUUCUACGUUCGUCGCCCGCCCGCUCUGCUUCUGCAGCUGGGCUGACGCCACGCAUCGUUUCUUCGGCGCUCUGCUCCGCCCGCUCGCCGCGUGCGGUACCUAUUCCCUUCCGGGUGCGGGCGGGCCCUGCAGGAGGGACAGGCGCGUCGCUCGUGGUCGGGUCACCUUGCAGCGCGGCGGCAGGUUCCUCCCGUGGAAGGGCGAUGGCCGGGCUGGUCAACCUGGAGGAUGAGGAGGAGGUGAAGGGCUACUUGGAAAACCUGGGCAUCGAGUACAGCUACCAGUGCUACAAGGAGGGUGACCCGGACGGUUGCCAUCGAUUGGCUGAUUAUUUGGAGGGGGUGAAGAAGGACUUUGAAGGAGCUGCCAAGGUGCUAAAAGAAAACUGUGAAAAGAAUGCGAACAGUGAGAGUUGCUAUAAACUUGGAGCUUAUUAUGCAACUGGGAAAGGUAGACUCAGCCAAGAUUUGAAAGCUGCCUACAACUGCUUUCUGAAGUCUUGCGAAAAAGGUGGGAAGAAAUCAAUAAAUGCUUGCCACAACGUUGGACUUUUAGCACACGAUGGGCAAGUAAAUGAUCACAAACCUGACCCAGUCCUUGCCAGGGACUACUACACUAAAGCAUGUGAUGGCAGUUUUGCCCCUAGUUGCUUCAAUCUUAGUGCAAUAUAUCUUCAAGGAGCACCUGGGAUACCAAAGGACAUGAACCUGGCUUUGAAGUACUCUUUGAAAGCAUGUGACAUGGGUCAUGUGUGGGCAUGUGCCAAUGCCAGUCGAAUGUACAAACUAGGAGAUGGAAUUGAUAAGAAUGAUGCCAAGGCAGAGGCUCUGAAAAACAGGGCAAGAGAUCUACAUAAAGAACAGCAGGAAGCUUCUAGAGCCUUAACGUUUGGGGAGUAAAUCCAAUUAAAUCAUUCACUGACUUCUAGGACUGCGCUUUUAAAUGAUGCAAAAACUUUAGCUGCAAACAAAAAACCCAUACCUGUUGCACUCACAAAAGAGGCAUCUGUAUGUACGUGUUUGCAUGUGCAAAUUUUUGGAUGUGCAACUGAUGCAUGUACAACUUUGGUGUACCAUUAUCUGAAAACUUGGCCCUUUCAUACAGAACAGUUUUUCAGGCGAACAAAUGUUUAGGGCCAAAUUUUCAAAGGCUCAGAGGACCCAGCUUUUAAAAUUGAAGGUGCAGUUCCAUGUGCUGACUUGUGGCUACAAUCUUCCACAUCCACAUACAAUCAUAUGUGCAUAAUUACUCAAACCUGACUAUGCAAAACUGUGUCUAAUUUUAGAGACUACUUUAGAUAUUAUUACUGGGACCCUAAGGAUGCUAUAUAGAAGAAUUUAUGUACUCUUUGAGCACUCUUCUUUUCCAAAGACAAGCACUCACACUGAAAACCUCAACUUGAAUCAUCACAGGACAUGCUCCUUCCAUUGAUGCUGAAAUACACUGAUCACUGAAGGUGGUAUUUUUUUGGUCUUCUAAAUGUAGUUUCUUUAGUUGCACUUCUCUGUUUACCAAGGUUACAAAAGGGAUAUAACUUAGCUGACAUGGUGAUGAGUGAAGUGAGCGCACAUAUAAUGGUGAUGAGUGAGCACACAUAUAAAUCUUGAUUUCUUGAAAGUCCAGUAAAUGUUAUCUAGAUACUUGUGAAUGUCAGUAAGUAUUCUUUAUUUGUGUAAAUUGUUUAGUCUAUUACAGAUGGGUUCAAUGUUUUAUUGAAUAAAUCAAUUCUUGUUUAUAAUUUGAGUGAUUUUAAAAGUGCAUGUGUGAGAGAGAGCCCAAAUUAAAAAAUCCUUACUCAGGCUAAACUUGAAUAUUAGUCAAUGGGCAUUUUUAACUGAGCAAAGACUUCAGGAUGUGAUGUUUUUAAUUAUAAAAAACAAACCUACAGUAAAUUAUGGUGGAAUGUUUGUGUAUCUUACCACUAAGGGGCGCUUGUGUUCUAAAAGCCACACAAUGCUUUCUUCAUUUGAAAUUAAGAAAAGAGGCAUCAGUAUAAUAGUGCAUUUUUGUAUGGUGGAGCUAUAUUUCAUUUUUAUUUCCCUUAAGUGGUACCAAUUUCAAAACUGAGAGCUGUCCCAUUAUACAAUAAACUCUACAUAUGUUUUAAG